ACCGAGAAAAAGGUGAGAAGCUGCCAGCCAUGCCGCACAAGUUUUCAGUGAAUCAUCAACUACGUCUACGACUGAUCUGGUCAAGUGUGGUCCACGGUUCACGUGGUAAACCGCCAUGGCUUGGGUCGACUCGUGACAUAAACCCUGCGGCUGGGUUUUGGGUUUAGGUUUGUGUUAUUCAUCCACCCGUUCUCGGCGUUUGUAUUAGCACAACUGCGGGAACUGUUUCCGAUGGCUGCAGGAGCUCAGGAAGAAGAAAAGCUCCGAACUUUCCUGAAAUGGCUGCUAGUACGCUCUCGCUCUUCCUAUUUCACUCCGCUAAUUUCCCCAAGCUUUCAGAACGUGUCGUCUUGUACUUGAGAUUAAGUACUUGAGCCAAAAUAAAGGGUUCGGCUUAUUUUUCUCCGGCGACGUCUCCGAUGAUGGGUUAUGUAAGCUUCCAUGAAUGUUUUGGCUUUGGAUUUGGAUUGAAGAUGUUUGAUUCUCUGAAAUGGCAGAAAGUGAGUUGUUCUGGCUGUUCCAUUGGAUUUAGCAAUAACUCCAAUGAGGGUAUUGCAAGAUUCCCUCAUUGGACCGGAUUGUGGAGCGAUGCUUGAAGAAGGAGAAGUGGAUGACAAGUUCUUGAUGAUUCUGUUCCUUGUGGUGGAGCGCUUAAGCGAAAAGAACUCUUCUUGGAAGCCUCGAGUACCUCGACAUGCUUCCAACUACAUUUUGGGAACCCACUUUGGUUUACUGACGAUGAGCUUUUAAAGCUCGAAGGCACAGCACUGUAUCAGGCAACCCAAUUACAGAAGAAGCCUUUGAUGAUGUCUCUCUUCAAAGACAAAGUGAAGGGUCUGGUGAGGAAACUUCUUGUUCUUGACGGGAAUACCGAAAGGGGCGCCUCGUUUGAAGACUUCAUCUGGUGUGUAUUUGCUAAAUCAAACUAUGAUAUUUUGCAAAUCUUAAAUUUGGUUUCUCCAUUUUUUUCCUUCGUUGUUGAAUGGUUGAAGAAUCCCAGUGUUGUUUGAUCUACUGCUGGGGUUUUGCCGCUGUUCUUGCUGCCUGUGCUCGCCACGAACACUUACAUUUCCGAAAAUGCACUCAUGCCAGGUCUGCUCUGAACUGCCCUUCACCACUCAAUUUAGCUUGAAUGUAAUUGGGUUUCCAUGGUAGUAAUGUAAUUCGUCUGGAAUUGUAUCUUCCUGAUGAAAUUGAAGGUUCUGCGAGUAGUAUCCUGUCACUUUCAUGGCUGUAGUGUAGACUUGCUUCCUAAGCACAACCCUAAAAAACCCACACUUCUUCCAUUUAUUAUUUUGGCCAACAAGAAACCUUUUAUCACAAUAGUAUGCUUUGAUAAAAUAGAAUGACCUAGUGUUAUAGGGAUGGUUUGUGAAAUUGUAGUCGAGAUUGAACCGAACAAGUUAGGGGAAUCCGAUGUUCAGUAGUACAUUUGUAAUUUAAUUGGUUGCAUAUUGAUAGGAUACAAUUGUUAAAACAGCAUCAAAAUAAGAUAAUAUUCUGCCGAUAAUAUACCGACAUAUGAUACGACCGAUCAAAUUCGGUAAAAUUGACCGGUAUAUUGUUGGUAGUAUGUUUGACAGUCAUACUGGUCUGCUGUCAAUGAACGAUUUUCCUAGUCAUAUGGUCGAUAUCCUACAAUUCUAAAAUUCAUGUUUUUAUAGUCCGACCCUCGAUACGUUAUAAUUUCAUAAACCAUACUUAUAGGUUUACCGUAUAUUCAUGAGGUAGUUUCAGACAUCAUAAAGAAGAAAAAGGGUAGUCUUUAGUCUUUACUGAUUAAGAAGUGAAGCAGGAAGGGCUCUUAAGCUGGGGGUAGGGGGUUCAGUGCCCUUUUUCCUUUUUAUAUUCUGUUGUAUGAAAUGAAAUCAGAGGACUGAUGAGAGCCAAAAAGGCCUAUUUAAGGAGUAGACCUUCUGCAAAACCAUACUUGUAAACAUCUCAAACCACCCCCAAAAGAAAAAAGCAUAUAAGGAGCUGCCAGCCUGCCACUCAGCUUCCCUCUCCCCUGCCUUAAACCUCUGUUCUUCUUCCCCUUUCCUUCCCCUGCCUUGCCAAGUAAAGAAUCAUUCCCUUAGAAUAGUUUUUUCCUGUUGCCAACCAACAAGAAGCUCCCCUCCCACUUUCUUCCUUCUUUCUUAUAUAAAUCUUCCUUCCCUUUCCUUCCCUUCCCCUCAAAUCAAAAUCCUUCUUUUUGCUGCUUGCCAUAAAUACAUGCAAAACUCUAAUAAAGCUAGCUACUUUAAGCCAGUUCCGUGUUGUGUAUUGUUCACCUUUUGUUUUCAUCCCCUUUUUCCUUUUCCCCCAACCUUCAAAGAUCUUUGUGCUUCUUUCCUGUUUAUUGCUCAAGUUCUCUAGCUCAUUUGUGGGUGACUUUCUUUUGAGAAGCUCUUCAAAGUUGAGAGAAUCAGAAGAUGGGUAUUGGAGGGACUUUGGAGUACCUGUCAGACUUGAUGGCAAGUUCAGGCCAUAAACACAAGAAGAGGAAGCAAAUGCAGACUGUAGAGCUCAAAGUCAGAAUGGAUUGUGAUGGGUGUGAGCUUAAGGUCAAGAAUGCCCUUUCCUCAUUAAGUGGAGUGAAGAGUGUGGAGAUAAAUAGGAAGCAGCAGAAGGUGACAGUAACUGGGUUUGUAGAGCCACACAAGGUGCUGAAGAAGGCCAAAUCGACAGGAAAAAGGACAGAGAUCUGGCCAUAUGUGCCCUACAAUGUAGUGGCACAGCCAUACGUUGCUGGUACUUAUGACAAGAAAGCCCCUCCUGGUUAUGUGAGGAAGGUUGAUCAACCUGCUGCUGUCUCAACCGUCGCCAGAUAUGAAGACCCUUACACAUCCAUGUUCAGUGAUGACAACCCAAAUGCUUGCUCCAUCAUGUAACAGUCAACUAACACCAAUACUACUGAUCUCUACUUUUGUGAAUGGUUUCCAACCAAGCAGUAAGUUUUGCAGUAGAGAGAGAGGGAGGAAAAGUCUUUUUGUUUUUUCUUGCUCAGUGUGGUUUAGGAAGUACUGUGAUGGAGACAAUUUGAUUUUGAUGUUCUAUGUGAGUCAUUAUUAUUAUAUAUAUAUAUCAAGAGGGUUCUUGUUUCUUUCUUUCCUGCAA